AUGAAGACGUUCAUUGUGCUGUCCGCGGUGAUGGUGGCGCUGGUGGCCGGAGCUACGAUCCGCGAGUCUGAGAAAACCAUCCACAAGCGAUCCGAUCACCACGACCACGUGAAGACGGUGACGAUCACGAAGAAGGUGCCGGUGCCGUAUCCGGUCGAAGUCGAAAAGCACGUGCCAGUGCCGGUGAAGAUCCCAUAUCCGGUGCACGUCGAGAAGAAGGUUCCGUUCAUCAUCGAGAAGAAGGUUCCUGUGUACGUCGAGAAGAAAGUGCCCGUUCACGUCGAUCGGCCGGUGCCCGUCGAAGUGAAAGUACCGUACGAGGUUCCAGUUUACCACAAGGAGUACGUCGAAGUGCCGAAGCCAUAUCCGGUUCAUAUCGAGAAACCGUAUCCGGUGUACGUGAAAAAACCGGUCUACAUCGAGAAGGCGGUUCCGGUCACGGUACACAUCAAAAAGGUGAAGAAACACCACCACUGA